AUAAAAGAAUACGAGAAACUGGAUUCUGAGGAUGAGCGUCUGACCCGAAGUCGGCAGAUUUAUGACAUGUACAUAAUGAAGGAGCUCCUGUCCUGCUCACAUCCUUUCUCAAAACAAGCUGUAGAUCAUGUACAAACACAUUUAGCCAAGAAACAAGUGCCAGCCAGCCUUUUUCAGCCAUAUAUAGAAGAAAUUUGUGAUAGUCUCCGAGGAAAAAUAUUUCAAAAGUUUAUGGAAAGUGACAAGUUUACCAGAUUUUGUCAAUGGAAAAACGUAGAACUAAAUAUUCAUCUGACCAUGAAUGAUUUUAGUGUACAUAGAAUAAUAGGAAGAGGGGGAUUUGGCGAAGUGUAUGGUUGCAGAAAAGCAGACACUGGAAAAAUGUAUGCAAUGAAAUGUUUAGAUAAGAAGAGAAUCAAGAUGAAGCAAGGAGAAACAUUAGCCUUAAAUGAAAGAAUUAUGCUGUCUCUUGUCAGUACAGGAUACCGAGUGUGGAUUUUCAUGUCUAGUGAUUCAAAAAGAAAAUUGUUCACAAGGCUGCUAACGGUGGAGCUAGUUUUCUUAUGUGACAGCGCAUAG